UGUAAAAUAUAGGAGCACUUAUAGUAACGCUAGUUAUUAUUGGAACUCUCGUGCCAGUCUGUGCUUAGACUUCAACGAGUGAACAUCUCAGAGGGCGGCCUGUGGAGCCACGAUAGACGACCUCUGACACGGUAAUCCCACCUUAGUGUAAGCUGUGCUAUGGGAGGAGCGACUCAGGCCAAGCCCCUAAACCCCGCCGAGGAAGAGUUCGAGGUUCUUGACGUGAGAGGCACAGCGCGCUCCAAGAUGUCGUGGAUCCAGCAGUUUGUGCAGGACUUGACCAGGGAACCGGUGACCAAGCAAGUGGUUGUGGGCGGAGUGUCAGGAUGGGUUGUUGGGUACCUGUCCAUGAAAGUAGGGAAGGUGGCUGCAACUGUUGUAGGAGGAAGCAUGAUCAUCAUGCAGCUGGCAGCUCACAAAGGAUACAUUAAAUCUCGGUCUCCCUCACAGGUCGACUGGAACCGCCUCAACAAGGACCUCGAGAAGAAUGCCAAGAAGCUGAAACGCGAAGUGGAAUCCAACGUGAAUGGCAGUGCGGCAGAUCAGAGCACACUGAAAGACACAGCACGUCGCCUAGACAGAAAGCUUGAGAAGGCAGCCGACAAGUUAGACCGCAAACUUGCACAAGCAGAACAGAAGGCUGAUUGGUGGUUUAGCAAGAAAUUUGACUCGGCGAGAAAGAUGUACCGGAAGCACGUGCUGGGGGACUCGAGCAACAUUACCGUAGAUGAACUGUACAUGCUCAAUAUGUACAUAAUGGCAUUUUCAGUAGGAACAAUGCUUGGUGUGGGAACAGGCAAGGUUAUAUGAACUUAUUAGACAGGAAAGUAUUGGAUCGUUAUUUUCCACAUAGCUGUGUGAUUUAAAGGGCCUGUGUAUUGCUACAUUUAUUGUGUGUAGCAAGGUCUAACAGACAGUCAUUAAGUAUAUCUAUUUCUCCCAUGCAUGAUCCUUUUUUUAUGUUGUAAAUCAGUGUAAGACAUGCAAUGCAAGGAAGGUAUAUAUAUAUAUAUUUUUUAAUGCAAUGUCUUCUUGAUGAUGGAAGAAGAAAGUGGUGGGGACAUGGUGUGUUCACCUCGGUAUCACAGUUUUUUUUUUUUUCUUUUUUUUUCUUUUUUCUCCCAAGCUCCCUAUAAGUUGCUGAGAUGAAUUAAUUUUGCAAGCUUUAAGGACCAUCUUCCUCAGGAUGAGAAAAAAAAUCAUCUCCUCCAGAGCACCUUAGCAUCCACCUUCUGUCACUUAGCAUACAACUGUUUGUGUAUAUAUUCAUCCUGUAUACUCUAUACUGUAUACCCUAUACUGUAUAUCUGUAAAGGCAUGGGUUAUUAACAGAGGAUUCAGUCAACUGUAGGUUCUUCUGGUGCAGUUCUUUGGUUUGCUGAUGUAGGUUUUCUGUUGCGUAAGAGAGAUAGCUAUGGUCAUUCCUUCUAAUUUGAUUCUACUUUCUAGUGAUUCCAACUGAAGUUUUCAAGAGUGUAUCAACAAUCCAGUGAUCUGCUCUAAAUGCAUUCUAGUCGAUUGUAUUACAUUUUAUAAUGAAGUAGUAUUAACGAAUGAGUAUUUAAUUUUCCACUCUUGGAUUGUGUUUAUUAACCCAUUCCCAGUCUCAGUGAUUGUUUACAUUGUCAUCCUGUGUGUGUCAGUUUUCAGAUAUUCCGACCAAAAUAUCUGGAAAAAGUAUUUAAAAAAAAGAAAGAAAGAAAAAAUAUCCUGGUUUCAGUGUUAUGUAACACAACAUAGAAAAAAAAAUCUCUGAAACAGUUAUGUGAAAUACUAUAUAUGCCCUGUACUAUUGUGACAGGUGAAUGAUGCAUUAUGGUUGCAAUGAGUCAUUCGUGUCAGGCUUGUGAUUAGGCAAGAUGUCACAAUAAAAAAGAGGAAAAUAAAAAGUAGAACUAAAAAAGAA